AUGAUCCGCUCACAGCCACUUGAUUCAACACGGACGACCCACCCGCCCACACUUCCAUUCGCUCUGGAAGGCGAGACCUCGAACCGCUCGAGAGCUUCCGAGACGAUACGACAGCAGCCUGCAGAGAAGAAGCACAUGGCGAGUUCGUUGAGGUUGGAAGAUCGCUCGGCGCUGAAGACGAUGGAUGACGGUGCGAUGGCAGUUCAUGCGGACAGUACCAUAUCACAUCACUUGGACUGGAGAAAACGCAAGCAGGAAUCAGAUUUGACGCCCACAGAAGCUAAUGUGGCCGAAGCGAGAGAAAGAAAGGACGUCGGAUGGAAAGAAUUCGUCCAGAGACGUGACUUCAGCAGCGCGAGCUUUCGACAAUUCCAGGAACUUCAUUCAAAAGAAUCGAGGACAUUGAUGCUCUCACACAUCUUCUUUUCCAUCCGCAAGAUUGAGUCGGCGACGAUGCUCCUGGCGAUCCGAUCUGCGGUGGAAAGCAGGCAUGGUUGUGUAUGUAUGACUGGAUCCGGUAAUCGAAGCACCCGGCGCAGCCAAUACAGAGCCUGCGUCAAAACGAGGGGACGCAAUCCCCGAAGCAAGGACAUCGCUGCUCGCGGUCGUCAACUCGUCGGGUUCAUCCGACUUGGCACAUGCCUGCAUUUGACGUGCCCAUCGGGAGGGAACCCCCAGCCUUGUUGCUCCUCACUUAUCGGCAUCCUCGGUCCAUGCCGAAGUCAGUUGAUUUCAAGGUACAGCCUCUUUCACGAUCCGAGGGACCGAUCGAGCGGUAGAUUGUGGGUGAAAUAUUGCACCUCCGCGCCCCCUGAAAGAAAUCGCAUGCAUGGCCUCGGCACCAAGAUCUGCUUCUUGAACGGGGCAGCCAAUGAUGGAUCAUGGAUAGCGUCUUGUGGUGCCGCCAUCAUGCUGGAGUCUCUUUGCGGUGUUCCCUGCUCAUCAGAUAAGCUCUUCGAUGCCAUCUCAUCUCAUCAGUUCUUCAUGCAGGGGUCUAGAAGAUGCACGGACAGCGACAGUCGCACUUCCGUGAUCCCCGACGUGGUGGAAACCCUCCUUCCUACACCUACAUACAUACACACUCGCUGCCACCAUCUCAUCAAUUCAUUCUUCACGCUACCUGAUCUCCGCGGCCUGACAUACAUCUGCAUCCGCACGGCGCAUCCCAAUGCCCAUCGCAGAGCUGAUCUCGGGACAGCGGAAUCCUCGGCACCGAGAGAUGCAGCCAGACAUGGAAGUGCCUAUGAAGAUGAGGCUGGGAUCAUAUUCUACAGGGUCGGCAUUCGGUUGUCUCAGCCUUGUGAACUUAUCGUGUUCAGGCGAAGAUCGAUCGAGUGUGGGAAUCGAGAUCACGAGAAGCCUGCAUCUGCCGAAGCAGGGGUAUCCAUCAUGAUUCGAGGUCAGAUUCACGAUGUCCAACAUGGACUGUCGCAUCGUGGUUGGUUGCGAAAGCGCUGUCAUCAUCAUCAUCCAUCAAGAAGGUUUCAGCUUGGAGUUGUUGCCAACGACAUGGCUUUCAUCAUGGAUGUCCUGGACUCGAUGAUGUUUGACCGGUACAACCCAGUGGACAGCAGCGAGCAUUUUAGAAUAUCCAGCGGGACUGCGAACGAAUUGCCGCCUCAGGGGCUCAAUGGGAAGAUCCUCCAUCUCGUUUGGAUUUUCGGGGGCCAGGGCAAUCAGAUGAUGCGGCAACACGUAAAAGGCGCGGAAGUCGAACCGCACUUGAUUCUCCGGUGGCUUCGUCAACUCCUCUCUUCGAGUCUCAAGCCUAGCGGGCAGCUUCUGGAGCAUAUGGACUCUUUCGUCAUGCUUCAACCCUUCAGAGCACUUGUGAUUGAAGUUUCCUUGGAUUUGCGAUGCCAUAUGAGACGUGGUGAAGAUCUUCCAGUGGCGCGCACAAACGUCGACGACGACUCAACGCUCCAUUCCACUUCUCUGCAAAGUCAACCCCUCAUAAACACUUCCACGUCAAGCGCGGAAAGAGCGCAGGAUCUUGGCGAGUACUUCCAUACCCGCUCCCUGAAGUCCAAGGAGCAAACGGGGCGGGGCCUAGUACUCGAUUCGUCACCAGAUCCGAAAACGGAAUUUGCAGGAUCCGCAAAUCUUCCCCUGAUUGCUCGUCGCCUCUCGGAAACGAUGAGUCGCGUCGUAGAGACAUCUGAUCUCGAGACCGCAAAUGCAAAUUGUCUCAUUAUACGAAGGAAGAAGUGUUGUCAAAGUCUCGAACUGUGCUGGUGUUCGGGUGAUGAUCUCCAGGCGAAGUUGGUGUACAGUAAGAGAUUUCUUGCCUCAUGCAAUCGAUGUUUCUUCCUUGGAGGGUUGAUGAGUAAUACAUGCGAGCCGCUCGACAGUGUUCACAAGCCGUGUGGUGAACAAUGCCCGAACAUACUUAUCUCGCCUGGCAAGGAAGCCGCGGGAGAUAUGAUUGUGAGAGAGAGAGGUAUGUCAAGUGAGGCUCUAAUGUCCCCGCUUGCAAAGUCCCAACUUCGAGAAUUAAUAUGCAGCUUGCCAUCUACAGGAUUCUCUGAGUAUAUGGUCAAUCAUCUAUACGCUUACACCACCUCGCCAAGCCAUGCAGACUGCGUCCAGAUCGCCGUUUCCUGCCCCUACUGUCUGUCCGUGAAGAGCAGUUCGCCAUCAUCCAGGUGUAUGGCUCCACUCUUACGACUUUAUGCAAGCACCUCAUCAUGCUACCUGCUGCCAUCACGAAUCCGCCAUGGUGAAGGCAAGUCGUCUGGGGAUGCGAGGAGACGUCUGCACAACGACACGUAUGGAAUGGCCGAGACCGAGGCCCUGCUACGGGCCUUCUUCCCUGUAUGGUAUAUCUCUCGCGGCUUGAACGGUGUAGCAGAGGUCCCAUGA